AUGAAUCUUCGUCUUGUCGUAUUAAUAGGAAUCAUUCUUACUUGUUUCUCAUAUACGAAUUGUACAUUUAAAUAUUCAGCUGACUCAUAUCAUUCACUUUAUAGUACAGUUGGUAAUCCAAAUAUAUCACCUGAAUAUGAUUGUGCACUUCGAGCAUUUACUAUUGAAAUGGCUGCAUAUAUUGCACCUCCAGCUGUAAAAACGAACUGGACAACACUUGCUCAAAGUGCUUUUCAAAUGAAUCAAUGCAAUAAUACUUUAUAUUCUACUUAUCAACCAUCUAAUCAUCAUCAUAAAGCAUUCAAUACAAACCAACAAACUUGUUAUCAUAAAAUAUUUGUACAUGAUAUAAAAGGUAAUGAUUUAUUUGAUGGAACAUUCGAACAACCAAAAAAAACUAUACAAGCAGCAUUAUCAUUAACACGUAUUCUACGUACUGGAUAUGGUAAUGAAAAUAUAUUAUGUAUUAUUAUACGUGGUGGAACUUAUUAUCUUGGAACAAAUGCUACUUCAACAAGUAGUCAAAUAGGUGCUAUUGCAUUAACAAGUAAUGAUAGUAAUCUUAUUAUUGAAAAUUAUGAAAAUGAACGUGUUAUAUUGAGUGGUGGUGCAUUACUAGAAUUAAAAUGGUCUGUUCAUGCUAAAACAUUAACUGGUGGAACAAUUAUGAAAGCUCAAAUACCAUCGUCAAUUAAUCUUGAUCAAUUUAAUGAAUUAUAUAUCGAUAAUAAACGAGCAAUCGUUGCUAAAUAUCCAAAUGGUGAUCCUGCGACUCAAGGUUUAUAUGCUAAAGAUCCUGGCUUUUCUUAUGAUUCACAAAGUUGGAUAUCACCAAUUCAUAAUCCAAGUGUAGAAAUUCAUAUACAAGAACCUUAUCGAAAUGGUACCGUAUUUCCUAAUUAUCAACUUGGUGUUGGUGGUGGUGCUUCUGUUUUUAAUCCACCAACUAAUUUUUGGAGUACUGCUUCACCACCUGCUGGCAAUAAUUAUGUUGUUCCUCGUGGUCUUGUUGUAAAGAAUGAUGCAUUACCUCAUAUGCGUAAUUGGAGUGAUCCUACAACUGGUUUUGUACAUACUUUUCAUUCUGGUUAUUGGGGUGGUUGGAUAUUUGAAAUAGCAUCAAGUAAUAGUACACAAAAUACGAUCAUGUUUGGUCGAGGUGGUUUCCAAGAAGCACGUGGUUCUGAUAGUGGAGGUGCGUUUUAUGUUGCAAAUAUUUUUGAAGAACUCGAUUCACCAAAUGAAUGGUUUUUAGAUAAACAAACUCGUGCUCUUUAUUUUAUGCCAAAUGAAACUAUGCCAACAGAUUUUGUAGCUAGUCAAAUUUCAUGUAUUAUUUCAAUAAGUGGAAGUCAUAGAAAUAAUCCUGUUGAAAAUGUAUUAAUUCAAGGUUUAAUUUUUACAGAAACAAGUAAUACUUAUAUGAAAGAUUUUAUGGUACCAAGUGGUGGUGAUUGGUCUGUUCAUCGAGGUGGUACUAUAUAUUCGACAAAUACAAAAAAUAUUACAAUUACACAUAAUUUAUUCAAUCAAUUAGGUAGUAAUGGUAUGGCAUUGAUUGAUUAUAAUGAUGAUACUUCAAUUUUAUCGAAUGAAUUUGUAUGGUUAGGUGAUUCUGCAAUUAUUCUUGUUGGUAGUACAAAUGGAAUUGAUGGUUUUAGUGUGGCAAAUCAACCAAUGAAUACACUUAUACAAUCAAAUCUUAUUCAUGAAAUUGGUAUUUAUGUUAAACAAUCAGCACCAAUAUUAAUUUCGAUAAGUCGAAGUGUAUCGGUUAUUGGAAAUCUUAUAUUUAAUAUGCCACGAGCAGGUAUUAAUAUCAAUGAUGGUUUCUAUGGUAAUCAUAGUAUUAAUUAUAAUGUUAUAUUUAAUACUGUACGCGAAACAAGUGAUCAUGGUCCAAUUAAUUCAUGGGAUCGACAACCAUUCUUAACUGAUGCUGUACAACAAGGUUCUCCUUCACUUUGGCAACAUACAAGUUAUAUUCAUCAUAAUGUUCUUUUUAAUAAUUAUCGUUCUGUAUGGCCAAUCGAUCAUGAUGAUGGUAGUUGUUUCUAUGAAGAUAGCCAUAAUUUUCUAGUUUAUGGUGGCAAAAAAAAUUAUUUAGGUCAUUCAAAAAUAGAUCAUGAUCAGAUUUAUGUAUAUUCAGAUUUAAGUACCGGUGGAUUUGGUAGUAACAAUUGUCUCAAUGAUUAUAAUCCUACACGUGGAUCAAGUGGAUGGAAUGAAAUUUGGAUUCAGAAUACUUGUAUUCUCUACAAUAGUUCUGUACCAUAUAAUAUUGAGAACUGUAAUACAGCUAAUCUUUUUGUUCCUUAUUUAGUAUCGAAUAAAAUCUACAUUCCAGCAGGUACACAAGUAGCAUUUAUUUGUAAUGUUAAUGGUUCUAGUACACGUCUUAAUCUACAACAAUGGCAAGCAUAUGGAUUAGAUAUUGGUACUACUGUUGGUACAACACCGACCAUUCAGACAAUUAUUGAAUGGGGUCGUAAAAUGUUACAAAAUACAAUAUGA